CAACGCGCGGUGGAGUGAAUAACUCGUCUCCAAGAAAGAGCAAUACCAAUCAUAUUGACAAGUGCUUGCGACAGCGAUGAGCGUGUUUGCACGACAUAUUUAACCUGGUAGAUCAUAUUAAUGAUGAUUAGCUUGUUUCGCCAACACGGAGUAUAUACCACCUGAGUGGCAGCAAUGACAGAGGCAGGAUUUAUCUGGGGCGAAUGUCAGCGUACCAGAAUCAAAGUUAGAAGAAAGAUUCCCUGGCCCGUGAACCUCGACAUCUCGUACAUCAUGGCUGCCCCGAUCAUCGAGAUCAAAGCCGCUAGUGGCCGAUCGAAAGUUGGCGAGAUAAGACUUUUCCGCAUCGUAGUCCUAGAGUGCGCAUGGCAACUAUGGAAAGCCAGAUGCCGCAGGGUGAUGAACCCCGAUCGCCCCCAAACCACCUAUAAGGAAGUUAAGAAUGCCCUAAAAGCCGGCCUCAACGACAAGCUCCACCAGGACAUAGCCCUAACAAACCGAAAUAAGUACGGACGCAAGGCCCUCCCACCAAAACUAGUGCUACACACCUGGAGCGGGAACCUACAGAACGAAGAGAGUCAACCGGACAACUGGCUGAGCAGCAGUGGGGUUUUAGUGGGUAUA